CAUGGCGUCAAUUGCGUGUCCUGAUGCUAAUACUGAGAGCUGAAUGCUUGCUAGAUCGCGUUUUGUGGCUUCUAUUCGCUGUGGCUUGUUUAAGAAAGAACCUGGGAGACGCUCAAGCCACACAAUGGAGGCAGUGACCUUUGAGGAUGUGGCUGUGAACUUCACCAAUGAUGAGUGGGCUUUGCUGAAUCCAUCCCAAAAGAAGCUCUACAGAGAUGUGAUGGGGGAAACCUUUAGGAACCUGGCUGCUAUAGGAAGAGCUGAUGAUAACCUGGAAGUUGGAAAAGAAUACAAAAAUUACUUGCGAUAUCUAAGAAAUGAAGAUGUAGGCAAAUUCUAUCAAUACAAGAAUCAAUAUGAAGAAAGAUUCCUUCAUACUGCAGAUGCUAACGUAGAUGUUAAUCAAACAGACACACAAAAUGAUGUUCAGAUCCAUGAAACAAAUCGCAGUGGAGGGAAACCCUAUGUAUGUACGCAAUGUGGGAAAGCUUUCAGCAGAAACAGUCAUUGUCAACGUCAUAAAAGAAUUCACACCGGGGAGAAACCUUAUGUAUGUAAACAGUGUGGGAAAGCUUUCACCACACGUGAACAUUAUAAAAUACAUGAAAGACUUCACACUGGGGAGAAACCCUAUGUAUGUAAGCAAUGUGGGAAAACUUUCAGGACAAACACUCAUUGUCAACGUCAUGAAAGAACUCACACUGGGGAGAAACCCUAUGUAUGUAAACAGUGUGGGAAAGCUUUCACCACAAAUGGAUAUUAUAAAAUACAUGAAAGAUUUCACACUGGAGUGAAACCGUAUGUAUGUAGGAAAUGUGGUAAAGCUUUUACCACACGUAUAUAUUGCCAAAUGCACGAAAGACUUCACACCGGGGAGAAACCUUAUGUAUGUAAGCAAUGUGGGACUGCUUUCAGUAUGAAACGUGAUUGUCGGUUACAUGAAAGAGUUCACACUGGGGAGAAACCCUAUGUAUGCAAGCAAUGUGGGAAAGCUUUCAGCAGAAACACUCAUUGUCGAAGUCAUGAAAGAACUCACUCUGGGGAGAAACCCUAUGUAUGUAAACAGUGUGGGAAAGCUUUCAGCAGAUACAAUGAUUGUAAAGUACAUGAAAGGGUUCACACUGGGGAGAAACCCUAUGUAUGUGAGCAAUGUGGGAAAGCUUUCAGCAGAAGCACUCACUGUCAAAGUCAUGUCAGAACUCACACUGGGGAGAAACCCUAUGUAUGUAAACAAUGUGGGAAAGCUUUCACUACACAUGGCUAUUGUAAAAUUCAUGAAAGAGUUCACACUGGGCAGAAACCCUAUGUAUGUAAGCAAUGUGGAAAAGCUUUUAACACAAAUAGUCAUUGGCGAAAACAUGAAAGAAUUCACACAGGGGAAAAACCCUAUGUAUGUAAGCAAUGUGGCAAAGCUUUCACCACACGCAGAGUUUGUCAAAUACAUGAAAGAGUUCACACUGGGGAGAAACCUUACAUAUGUAAGCAAUGUGGGAAAGCUUUCAGCACAAACACUCAUUGUCGAAUUCAUGAAAGAACUCACUCUGGGGAGAAGCCCUAUGUAUGUAAACAAUGUGGGAAAGCUUUCACCACACAUGGAUAUUGUAAAGUACAUGAAAGACUUCACACAGGGGGGAAACAGUAUGUAUGUAAGCAAAGCAGGGAAUCUUUCAGCAGGCAUGGUGAAUUUAAAAUACGGGAAAGAACUCUUACUGUGUAUUCUGUGUAAACAAUGUGCAAAUAGUUUCAGCACACAUGAUGCUUUUCACAUACGAAAGAACUUACUGGGGAGAAAUAGGAGUGAUAUAGGAAAGAUGCCAAUCCAUACACAUUGUUAAAUACAUGAAAGAAGCCUCACUGGGGAGAAACUUUAUAUAUGUAAGGUGAUUUUGAAAAUUCUAUGGUAAUUUUUCAUAUAAUGGCGACCUGAAGGUAGAAUUAAUACAAAAAGUUUGAGGUCAGCAUUUCUUAGCAAAUUUUCCAGAAAAUAAGAUUCCCAGGUGGAGCUGUCCUAAAGUACAUACACUGUGUGGUUUUCAGUAAGUCAUUUAUAAACAUUUAGAUUAUGUGUCAGUAGUGUUUAAUAUAAAAUAUUGAAUGACUUAAUUUUGUAUUUUUGAGUAUCUCUGGUGCUUAAUCUGUAGUGUCUUUUAAUUAAACAUUGUGAAUUGAAAAA